UAGGUCUUCAACUCCACAGGCCACACGCAUCAUCCUCGCCGGCCUUGCCCCCGACUGCUCGUAUAAAACGGACGGGGAGGCAGCCUCUCCAACUGACCGGGGAAGUCACACUCACACGUUCGCGUGUUAGACUCUCCUGAAACCAGCGUGCUGUGCCGCCCGGGACGAUGGCGCCGCGCCAGCCGCUGCUCCCCAGUUUCCUCUACGCGGCGUCGUCCGGCGUCAACGGCAGCAGGGAGGCGCCUCCGGUGGUGGCGGGCGCCCCGAGCGAGCCGCUCGGCAAGAUCGAGAUGUUCUCGCCCGCAUACUACGCAGCGGGCGCCUUGGGAGGCGCCGCGGCCUGCGGGUUCACGCACGCCGCCGUCACGCCGCUCGACGUCAUCAAGUGCAAUAUCCAGAUCGACCCCGCCAAGUACAAGAACACCUCGUCGGCGUUCAGCGUGGUGAUGAGGGAGCAGGGCCUCCGGGGCUUCUACAGGGGGUGGGCGCCGACGUUCGUGGGCUACAGCGCUCAGGGUGCGUUCAAGUACGGCCUCUACGAGUUCUUCAAGAAGACGUACGCCGACAUGGCCGGCCCCGAGCACGCCGCCAGGUACAAGACCCUCAUCUACCUGGCGGGCUCGGCCACCGCGGAGGUUUUCGCCGACGUCGCGCUCUGCCCCAUGGAGGCCGUCAAGGUCCGGGUGCAGACGCAGCCCGGCUUCGCCAGGGGACUCAGCGACGGCUUCCCCAAGAUCGUCAGGGCCGAGGGCUACGCAGGGCUAUUCAGAGGACUGGUUCCUCUUUGGGGGCGACAGAUUCCUUACACCAUGAUGAAGUUCGCGACGUACGAGAACAUCGUGGAGAUGACCUACAAGCACCUCAUCCCCACGCCGAAGGAUCAGUGCAGCAAGCCUCUCCAGCUCGGGGUAAGCUUCGGGAGCGGCUACGUCGCCGGAGUUUUCUGCGCCGCCGUCUCGCACCCUGCAGACAACUUGGUGUCGUUCCUGAACAACGCCAAGGGAGCCACAGUUGGAGAUGCUGUCAAGAACCUUGGCCUGUUGGGCCUCUUCACUCGUGGCCUCCCUCUUCGCAUCCUGAUGGUCGGCACCCUGACUGGCGCUCAGUGGGUGAUCUAUGAUUCCUUCAAAGUUAUGAUUGGACUGCCAACGACUGGCGGAGCGCCUGCUCCUGCUACUGUCCCAAUGGAAGGACUCGGAGAGCUAAAAGCCUCUGCCUGAAGUUCUAAAGUUUGACAGAGAGUAUGCAUGCUUCCGUCCAUAGCGUAUACUGGUGACUGUAACAGACCCUCACCCCCACCAGAAAAUAUUGUCUCAAGCUGGUGAUUUUGUUUUGAAUAAGAUAAGUUAUUACUGUAUGCUACGAGUAUAUAAUACGACAUGUAGAAGACUAUAAGUUACUAGUCACAAAGUUGAUAAAUCAUUUUUGGGUGAAAUUUAUUUGGGUUCGUACUGGAUUGUGUUCCUCCAAUAUAAAUUGUGUUCCUCCAAUAUAAAUGUAUUCAUAUCGAACUAUAUAUGUAUAUAUGUUGCAACAUGGCUUCAAUCAAAUAUAUAUUGUCUUUUUUGGGGAAAA